AUGCGUUUGAAAGGUUGCCCCGCUAGCGGCAAAGGCAGUGCUGCUACAAAAGGUAGCAAGGGCGGCGAAGCGACCCAGCCGUCGACGACAAAGGGUGGCAAGGCUACCGGUUCGAACGCAAAGGGUGGCAAGGCUUCGGGCGAUGGUGGCAAAGCUUCGAAUGCAAAGGGGGGCAAGGCUACGGGCGAUGGUGGCAAAGCUUCGAAUGCUAAGGGUGGCAAGGCUACGUGCGAUGGUGGCAAAGCUUCGGAUGCUAAGGGUGGCAAGGCUUCGUGCGAUGGUGGCAAAGCUUCGGAUGCUAAGGGUGGCAAGGCUACGGGCGAUGGUGGCAAAGCUUCGAAUGCAAAGGGGGGCAAGGCUACGGGCGAUGGUGGCAAAGCUUCGAAUGCUAAGGGUGGCAAGGCUACGUGCGAUGGUGGCAAAGCUUCGGAUGCUAAGGGUGGCAAGGCUACGGGCGAUGGUGGCAAAGCUUCGAAUGCUAAGGGGGGCAAGGCUACGGGCGAUGGUGGCAAAGCUUCGGAUGCAAAGGGUGGCAAGGCUACGUGCGAUGGUGGCAAAGCUUCGGAUGCUAAGGGUGGCAAGGCUACGGGCGAUGGUGGCAAAGCUUCGAAUGCAAAGGGGGGCAAGGCUACGGGCGAUGGUGGCAAAGCUUCGAAUGCUAAGGGUGGCAAGGCUACGGGCGAUGGUGGCAAAGCUUCGAGCGCAAAGGGUGGCAAGGCUACUGGCGAUGGUGGCAAAGCUUCGAAUGCAAAGGGUGGCAAGGCUACGGGCGAUGGUGGCAAAGCUUCUAAGGGUGGCAAAGCAAAGGGUGGCAAAGCCAAAGGGCUGAACACAGGAAGCCCGGUGUCGAACGCCGAGGGUGAUUCGAAUGCUGCUGAGACCACUUUGGCUUUGGUUUGCCACACACCUCCGCCGAAGCAGGCUGCAACCGACGUGGAUGAGUUGCACACUGGCACUCCACCGAGUCAAUCGGUGAAUCCUGCCACGAGAGCCAAGUCCAAGGGCAAGGGCCAUGCAGCCAGCCCAAGCACCACGGUGGAGGCCAAGCUAGGCUCUGGAAAAGGCCAGGCGCAUGCCGAGGAGAUGCCGGCUGCAGGCCUGGGUGGCAAGGAUGCCGCAAAGGGGGCCGGUGAAGGACGGGGCGCCAAAAGGGCGGCCGAGGAUGCCGAUGACCGACGAGUGUCCAUUCUCCGCCAAGAUACAGGCAUUUCGACUGUCAGUGAUGGCACUGGGCCAAUCCAGAUGGAGCCGCUCGUGACUGCUAUCGACGCCCUGAUGGAUCCCGAGGGAGCCAGACUGCUGACCGAUGAUGAGCGAGAGGCUGUUCAGGACUUCGUAAAGGGCUCGUGGCACAAUGGGCUGCCACCCCUGCUGGAUCCCUGGGACGGCUGCUAUUCAGCACUGUUCGAGUUCCUCAAGGCGUUUAUGCUGGACAGAGACGGCUUGGCAACCAUAGAGGAGUUGACGCAAGAACAAAUCGACCAGCGCAGCUUCAACAAAGACCUGCAAGCGCCACCCAUGUUGCAGUUGAGAUUCCGAUAUCCAUCUUGA